UUACAAACUGUUCGUUACUAAACCUCAAGUUACUGGUUAUCUGUCAGCAAUCGUACAUUACAUCAUUUCUUAUUCAACUAACUGUUCUGCUUAACAGCGAGCCAUACUAAGUAGUCUCAAAGGAAUUCGCAGUGAAUCUUUGAUCAUGCCACAAAUUUUGGUCAGUGGUGUUGAAAUCGACUUUCCAUAUAAACCCUAUGACUGCCAGUUAGAAUAUAUGACAAAAGUCUUACUAUCAUUAAAUGAGGGUAAACAUGCCAUUUUAGAGUCCCCAACUGGGACUGGUAAAACUUUAUGUCUUCUAUGUGCGUCACUUGCAUGGCUUGAUAAACAACUGGUUAGCCCAACAGAACUUGCACCAGAUGGCAAACCUGUGAAUACAAUGGGAAAAUGGCUAACGGGUAACAGUGACAACGGCGAUGAUAAGAGCAAUUCCAUACAUCAGAAUCUUCUGGAAAAUUUGGAGAAAAUGAACAGUGUGUAUAAGAUUAUAUUUGCGUCAAGAACCCACUCACAAUUAGCACAAGCUAUUAAUGCAUUGAAGACAACAGUUUAUUCUAAGCGUAACGUCAGUGUAGUUGGCUCAAGAGAUCAGUUAUGUCUUCUUCCUGAUGUAGCGCAAUUGGAAUCGAAUUCAGCUAAAAUUUAUGCUUGUCGUAUGAGAGUUCAAACAAGAACGUGUGAAUAUUACCGGAAUUUCGACUCUAAACGAGAUGACAUCUUAGCUAAUUUAAAAUCGGAAGGUAUUGUUGAUAUUGAAGAUUUGGCCAGUUUCGGUCAGAAAACAAGGUGUUGUCCAUAUUUUAUAUCACGAGAACUGAAAACCGAUUCGAAUUUGGUGUUCAUGCCUUAUAAUUAUUUACUAGAUCCAAGAAUUCGAACUUUGUAUAAUAUCAAUCUUGAGAAUACAGCGGUUAUUUUUGAUGAAGCUCACAACAUUGAACAAGUUUGUGAGGAUGCUUCUUCAGUCACAUUAACUUCUGCUUUACUAGCCUCAGCUAUUGAACAUGUUCGAUGUGUUUGUGAAGUUGUUUUUAAUCAUACUAUGGAAAGUGAAGAAGCAGAAUUAACCGAUGAGACGGGUUACAAUACACAGAAACAAUCAACAUCUAAUGCUGUUGUCAGAAAAGGAUUAUUUGAUAUGACGCAACCUAAAGAGACUGCAAUUGAAGCCUUAAAUAUUGAGAAAAUGAUUACAUUGAAAGGACAACUAAUAGAACUAGAAAGAUUAAUCGAUGAAUUGAAUGUCCCACCUGAGGGACUGACUAAAGAUGGCAGUUUUAUUUUCGAUCUACUUGGUCGAGCAGGAAUUAAUCACUGGACAAAUAAUACAAUACAAGCUGUGAUCGAUGAAAUUAUUUCAUACACUAAUUCUACACAAAAUGUAAAAGUUCGAAAAACCAAAGGAUUACAUGAAGUUGGUGAAUUCCUUAAAACUGUUUUUGGUUACCUCCCGGGUGAAGCAAAUGUAUCCUUCAAUUUUAAAACGCAAUUCAAAUUACAACAUGAUGAAUCAAUUAACUGUUAUCGUUUACAUAUUAAAGAUGAUAUUCUACCAUCAAUUAAAAGCAAAUUUACAACAAAUAAUAUUUGGGAUACUCGAGAUGCUGGUAAACAGUCUGCCACGAACACUGGUGCAACAAAUCGUACUAUUAGUUACUGGUGUUUCAGUCCUGGACGGGCAAUACAAGAAUUGAUUCGGCAAAAAGUACGCUGUAUCAUAUUAACUAGUGGUACUCUUUAUCCAAUUGAACCGCUGGAAGCUGAGCUAAAUAUGAAAUUCCCCAUAACCCUACAAAAUCCACAUGUCAUCAAUUCAGAUCAACUGCAUUUAUCAGUGAUACCACGUGGGCCAGAUGGAGAAAAAUUGAAUGCAACCUAUUCUGUACGAGAGACGUCGGCUUAUCGUAAUUCCUUAGGUCUCUUGUUAGUUCAAUUGGCUCAAUCUGUUCCUGCUGGUCUACUAAUAUUUUUCCCAUCCUAUGCAUUUAUGUCACAGUGUAUAGAAUAUUGGAAGAAUGGUGAUAUUUUCGAAAGGUUGUUACGAAUUAAACAAAUUUUCAUUGAACCUCGUGAAAAGAAUCAAUUUAAUCAGGUAUUCAAUGACUAUCGAGUCUCUGCAUGCAGUACAAAUUCGAAUGGAGCAAUUCUUUUUGCUGUAAUGCGUGGUCGUGUCAGUGAAGGCUUAGACUUAGCUGAUGAUGCUGGCCGAGGUGUUGCUAUACUCGGUUUACCGUAUGCACCAUUCCAUGAUCCCAGGGUACGCUUAAAAAUGGCUUAUUUAGAUGAACAAUGCGUCAAAUUGAAAUCCAAUGCAAAACAGGACAAAGAACAGAAAAAUUUAUUAGAUAAAUAUCCUACUGGUCGACAAUGGUAUAAUUUACAAGCAUGGCGAGCAAUUAACCAGGCUGUUGGCAGAGUUAUUCGUCAUUACAAGGAUUAUGGCAUAAUUUACCUGUGUGAUGAACGUUUUGCUUCCAAUAGCGCACAAACAAAUUUGUCCAGUUGGAUGCGAUCGAAACGGAAUGUUUAUGACAGUGUAGAAUCAGCUGUGAAGGAUACUUGUGAAUUUUUCCGUAAUAUGCGAAUGAAAUAUCCAUCAAGUGAUCAACCUGCAUCAUCUACCUCAUCUAGUGUAACCAACCUGUUAACUGACAAAUGUACCAGUAAUUCUCAAAGAAAGCGGCCGUUGUCUACGCCUAAUUGGUCAGGAAUUUUAUCGAAUCUACCUUCAGCUUCUGAGCUGAAUAUAUUUAGCCCAAAAUUAAAUGAUUCACUGUCACUUGUAACAACUUAUAACUCUCAACUAAAUCCUUAUCAGUCUACAAGCAUGACGAAACAAGAUGAGCAUAAUGUUGAUAGUCAGAAAGAGAGUUCUUCUUCAAUUUUUGAUAUGGUGUACAGUCAGUCAGAGAAUAUUAAUCAGAAAACAUCAUUAACUGAUUCAAAUGCAUACUGUGAUGAUAGUUUGGAACAGAAGUUACUCCAGCGUAAACCAUGUAAACGUAUAAGACUUUUGGAACAGAAAACUAAUUCUAUCAAUGUUUCAGAGAAUGGUUCUGCUUCGUCGUCGUCGUCUUCUUCUUCUCUCACUUCAAAUGCUACUGACACAUUGGACAGUUCAUCAUCUUUGAAAUAUUUAACUCUAUUGAAGUCUGUCCUUAGGUCAUCAAAUCGACUUAACGAAUCGGAAUAUGCUAACCGAUUAAGUGAUUUUAAACAAUACAUGAAAGAGUAUAAACAUGCAAUAAUAUCCAAUGAAAACUCAUUAGAGAAUGAUCAAGUCGUAGAAACGUUAUUUACACAGUUGUCGAGAUUAUUUAUUCCUUUGGAAACACCUGGACUUUUACAAGAUGCCAUCUGUUUCCUCCUACCGCAACAUCGUAAACGUUAUGCUGAAUUAUGUCACAAUUUAACUGGUUUGCCUAUUGUUCGACGAGACUUGAAGAAUGUGUCGGACAACUCAGCGGUCAAUUUAAAACAAUCACCGAAACCUACAGAAAAAUCACUUGAACAAUUAAUGAAAUGCUGUAAAUGCUCAGUUAAUCCAGCACAAGUUCCAUUGAUCUCAUGUUGUAAACAUAUAGCUUGUUUCAAGUGUUGGCGACAUAUAAUUGAAGAAGGUGAUCGUCAGUGUCCUGUGUGUCGAAAAUUACUUAGACGACGUGAUUUAUCCCGUUUAACGCAAAAAGCUGAUACAGAUUAAGUAGUGGUAUUUUUGUUUAUUUAAUCAACGCUACUUAAUUUUCUAGAUGCUUUGAAACUACCUCUAGAUAAAAUUUCAUAUUCUUUUAUACAAACAACAAUGAAGAUUCUAUUUUCUUAUUUGAUGUAUUUUUUGUACUGUAAAACAUGGAAAGCAUUUUUGUAUUAUUUUAUGUCAGUUG